CCAAAUUUCAUGUCCACAUGAUGAUGCAAAUUAUGCAAUAAGAAACCUGACGUUAGCGUUCUCGAAUCAAAUGUCUAACAACAGUAAGCUCCUCUAAUAAAAGACAACUGUAAAUCUUUCAACGUUUUCAUGUAAACUGUAAUCUGUAUUUCUCUUCCUUGCUGUUGUCUUUUGUAUUAUUGUGCUGCGUUAAUGAAAAAAAAAGCGUAAUAGGGCGGUUCUUCCGCGUUGGGUCAUAUUUCCGGAAGUGGUUUCACGUUUUCCUGAACAAGUCCAUUAUUAACAUUAAAGGGGCGGCUUUGACGUCACGGUCAUGUUACCGGAAGCGGGUGCGAGGGAAUACCGGAAGUGUUUAUGUUAAUUCAGGAACACAGUUCUUAUAUUCUUACCAGCAAAGUACAGACGGAGAGACUGUCAAAUAAUCAAUAUUUUGUAAUCAACUGAGUGAUACAAGCGUAUACUGGUAGGAACUAUACCAAAGAGCAGAUAAAAGAGAAGAUAAAACGGUGCUGCCGCAUUCCGAUCGAUUCCCGUGCCAGUUGCUUGCCUGCUUCUUGCUUCUUUUCUUCUUCGUUCUUCUUGUUCUUCGCCGGGGAGUUAACUUGUCCCGACGACGGAUUAAGAGCAGCGGAAGUAAAAUUUAUCCCUGAAAAAGAAAUACAAGUUCUUUCGGAGUUUCUCUGCUCUCAUCAUGGCGGUUGUCAACGAAGGGGCGCUCAAGAAAAUGCUGUCCAAGCAGUACAAGUACAGAGACCUGACCGUACGGGAGAUCGUCAACGUAAUCUCACAUUACAAGGACCUGAAACCAGUCAUGGACGCUUAUGUGUUUAAUGAUGGCUCCACCAGGGACUUGAUGAGUCUGACAGGAACUGUGCCUGUCAGCUACAGAGGAAAUGUGUAUAAUAUUCCUGUUUGCCUGUGGCUGCUGGACACAUACCCCUACAACCCCCCCAUCUGUUUUGUAAAGCCCACCAGUACCAUGAUGAUCAAGACAGGGAAGCACAUAGAUGCCAACGGCAAGAUCUACCUGCCCUACCUGCAUGAGUGGAAACAUCCCCAGUCGGACCUAUUUGGUCUGAUCCAGGUCAUGAUCGUGGUCUUUGGGGAAGAGCCACCUGUGUUUUCUCGGCCGACCACACAGACUCCUUACCAGCCAUUCCAGCCUGCCGGCCCCCCGAACCCUUCCUACAUGCCCACAAUGCCAACAGUGUCUUCAUAUGGACCCACUCACCCUCCCAAUCCAAGUGGAUACCCAGGAUAUCCAUAUCCGAGUGGUAACUCAUACCCUGGUGCUGCUGGGCCAGGCCAUUACCCUGCGCAGCCUCCUGUCACCACUGUGGGCCCUAGCCGCGAUGCCACCAUCGGGGAGGACACCAUCCGCGCAUCGCUCAUCUCAGCUGUGAGUGACAAGCUACGCUGGAGAAUGAAGGAGGAGAUGGACCGGGCCCAGGCCGAGCUGGAUGCUCUAAAGAGGACUGAGGAAGAUCUGAAGAAAGGUCACCAAAAGCUGGAGGAGAUGAUCUCCCGCUUGGACCAGGAAGUGGCGGAGGUGGACAGGAACAUUGAGCUCCUGAAGCGGAAGGAUGAGGAGCUCAGUGCUGCCCUUGAAAAGAUGGAGAGCCAGUCAGAGAACAAUGACAUUGAUGAUGUCAUUGUCCCCACGGCUCCCCUCUACAAGCAGAUCCUGAACCUGUACGCUGAGGAAAAUGCCAUCGAGGACACCAUCUUCUACCUGGGGGAAGCUCUCCGCCGUGGAGUCAUUGACCUUGAGGUUUUUUUGAAGCAUGUGCGUCUCCUGUCCCGAAAACAGUUUCAGCUGCGAGCGCUGAUGCAGAAAGCCCGAAAGACCGCUGGGCUCAGUGACCUCUACUGAGCCAAGUGACCCCAGCGUGAGGCCUCUGUGGGACAGAGCCAUCUUUUCCAUGUAGUUUAUUCCCAAACCCAUAGGAGCUUAAGACUGUGGCCAGUGUCUUCAGUCAGUGUCCGCAGCAAAAUGGCAAUUCUCUCUACUGACCGCUGACAGUAGAUCUCAACGCAUGCUCUCCACCUCAUGAGGUCUCAAGUCUACCUGCCUGACAUUCUGUCUAUCACUUUGCAUGUUUGUGUGAAGAAGGUUUGCAAUAUUUGGAAGCAAAGGAAAGCUGCCUAAAGAAUGUGUCUGUUUCUGGCUGCCAGCGUCAUCGUAUUUCUUCCCUCUGUUUGCAUUAAGCAUUAGUUCCGCAUCCUGUUGAGCCUUAUCUGACUGAUAGUGCUUCAGUUAGUCACAGGCUGUAAAAUGUGCCGUGAGCAAUUCAAGGACAUAACACAGGAGGCUCAUCUGAUAGCUCAUCCGGAUGUGAGCUCUCCAGCAGCUGCAGGACACCUCCCAUUACAGUACCUGUAUUGUGGAGUGACUCCUAGCGCCAUCUGGGUCCAUGCUGAUGCACUAGUGCCAAUGUAAUGGAGGUGAUUGGAUGGGAUAAUGAGGUUGGAUAGAUGUCUGAUAUUAACACGGUGGAGUCCUGCUGUUCAGAUCCUGUUGUUGCACUUUUAAUGAUGCCCCUCAAGUAAGUAAAGCAAGUCCUUUUCAUAUCCUCCUCAGACCCAGCAGGAAAGGGUUUUGCAUUUAUUUCUAGUUUUUCUAGGAAAUUCUCCAAGCCCAAUCCCAGACCUGUAUCAUACAAACAGGAGUUAGAAUGGUGUCGUGUGCAGGUUGGUAGAUAACACUUAAAUGUCCUCUUCAGUGCACAAAACCUAAUAGCUGGGUCUUGGGAGGAUUCAGGGCCUGUUUUGUUUAGUUUCUGUGUUCAGUUACUGUUUGUCUAUUCUUUUCAGACCAGGAUUUAGGGGUUGCUGACUUGUCACUUAACCUAUUUAGUUUCCUUCUGCAUGUAUCACUAGAAUCUGGUGUCUUAUACACUUGUUGCAUAUUCUAAAAAUCAUGGAAAUGUUAAUAUGCAGCUGGUGGGAAGAGUAUUUUUUACUCUUCAUCUGGUUUAACAGCCUUUCAGUGUGUUUCAGCCUGACUUGGAAAAUAGUGCUUAGCAUUUGGGAACUGGGUGAAAAGAAUCUGAAGUUCCAGUGAAUAGAUCAUUUACAGUAACAUGUAGAUUUAAUAUGCCUUGAAGGAAAUGUAGAAAGUUGGGAUAGAGAAGUUGUUCAGCUAGAGCUGCUGGGGUUGUUAAAGCAUAUUUGUUACCAAUUUUUCUGUUAAUAUUGGUUGAUAAAUGCAAACAAACCCCCCCUUAAGCUCCUGUUCUUUAAGGAAGCCUGUGUGCUUCACAGGUUUCUCUUGGUAGAUUUAGGGAAGAAAAUGUUUAUUUUACUUAUGGGUUUAAAUGGAAAAGCAAGCAGUCAAUGUAUCUUAGUGUAGUGUUUUACUGUACAGGAAGUAAUUAAAACAUAAGCCUCUUG